GGUCUCGUGGACCCGCGGGUGUGGCUGGGUGCUUGUUGGAGCAGGAGGCGGGAGCUGAGCAAGAUCGCGAGGCCUGGAGGGACCUGCGGCUUCGGUGGCGUUGGAGGCUUGGCGACAGCGGCGGAUAUGGCUACGACUUCCAUGCAAGCCCAACCUUGCCUCAGGCUCCUGAGUGUUUGGAUUACAGGAAACCUCUUGAAUUUGUACCCAAGUCAUAUGUUAAAUCAUGGGCAGGUCCCUGACCAGAAAGCAGAAGAGUAAAGAAAGCCCUGCAAACCAGAGAAGUAUAAAAAGCGAAUCAGGUGGCUCAUAUGCUGAAGGAUGGCACGGUCACGAUCCAGAUCCCCCAGGUGGAAACAAAGGUCAUUAUCACCACAGUCUAGAAAUUUUGAAUACUAUGAGGAAAGACAUUUCCAUGGGCACUAUGACCCUGAAUAUAGAAAUGAUCCAAAAAGACCCUUUACUUGGAGAAUGUAUGAUGAGAAACAUGGACAGAAUAAAUCAAGGAUUCCCCCUCGUGUGAAUUCAUAUUAUCGGUCUUACGAAAAUAGAUCACCUUCCCCAAAUGUAAAGCCUGUUGAAAAAUUUGACACGUAUAAGCCUCACCAAGAAUAUUUCCCUGGAAGAGGGGAUGAUGACAGAAGAUCUCAGUAUAUACCCACAUACUCAGAGAGUGCAACAACCUACACAGAGCACAAAAGGGAUUGUUAUCCUCCCCAAAUGCAAGGAAGGUAUAUUCCUGUUGAGCAUAGAGAUAGAGGAAGUGGGAGAGGAGGGAAGCCACCUCAGAUGUCACUGGCAGAUUCCUUUAGAUUUGAAGAAAAAUGGCAUGAAGAUGAAUUGAGACACCACAGGGCACAAGAAGAAAGCUACUCUCAGUCACCCAGAAGAGGCUCAGAAGACUUUGACACAAGGAACACUUUUCAAAAGAGGUAUCCUGAGAAUCAUGAUUUCAGAAAGUAUGGCUACGUAUCCAAAAGACCUAUAAAUGCAGCAAGGUAUGAAAAUAGAGAACCAGCCAGAACCCCAAAGUGGAAACCUGAGCACUCCUUUCUACCUUUUCAAGAGAAGGAAGAAGAGUGGAGCUUUGGAGCCCAAAGUCACAGAUACACUGAGAGAGAAUACGCAGAGAUAAGUUCAGCAACCAGAGUGUCCUAUGACUACCGUCACAAACAUCAUAAGCUCUCAGAUGGUGAGCAGGGCUUUCCUGAUGGGAGAUUUCAGAAAUACUUGAACGAAGAAGACAGAAAGUACAGUUUUCUAAGAGUCCCUGGAAAUAGAGAGUCAGAGUGUUUCAGUACUACGAGAGGAAAAGAGACCAAGAAUGAGCAAAUCAAUGGACCUUUUCAACUGUACAAGAAAGACUGUGUUUUCUCUACUAAAACAAAUAAAAAGGAGGCUGAGUUGGGGCCUUGCAAUGACAAAUGGAAGAAAAAAAUAAAUAAAGAAGAUUGUAGAAAAGAGAAUGCCUCUUCUAGUAAACAACUUGGUACAAGCCCAAAGCCUGAAGAGAAACGCUAUUCAUUUGUCAAGAAGAAAUCACUUACUGUUAAAGUAGACAUGAACAAGAUGGACACGUUUAGGUCUACUUCUAGAUAUUCUGCAGAGAGACAGAUAUCACAUGAUUUGGUUGCAGUUGGCAAAAAAAGUGACAAUUUUCAUCCAGUAUUUCAACAUCUUGACUCAACUCAGAAUCCUGAAAACAAACCUACAGAAGAAUUUGCUCAAGAAAUCAUAGCAAUAAUCCAUGAAGUUAAAGAAAGUAGUUUCAUAGCAUCUGAAGUUACUCUUCACGAGCGUUUCUCAAGAAUAAACAGACAUGAUGCCAAUUUCAACCAAAUGAAUUCAAAUUUAGAUCCAGAAUUUCACAGGAGAAUAGAUGUGUCUUUGGCUGAUCUUCAGAAUAAACAGACUACGGCAUAUGCACCAGAUAAGACUCUGGUCAAAGUAAUAGAUCCAAAUGACUUACGACAUGACAUUGAAAGGAGGAGAAAAGAGCGGUUACAGAAUGAAGAUGAGAACAUUUUUCACAUGGCUAGUCCUACAGAGAGGAAUCAUCAGUGUCCCAGUUUUUCAAAGAACUAUACUAUGCAGAGAAAAGAUGCCAUUACUCAGAAGAGAUUUAGAGUUGAGGAAAAUCAUCAAAACAGAAGAGACUCUAAAAGACCCUUUAAGAAACUUUUGGGUGGCAGAUUCCAACCCCAUUAUAAGUCACACCUGGUACAGAAGAGCUUAUAUAUUCAGGCUAAAUACCAGCGUUUACGGUUUGCUGGACCAAGGGGAUUUAUUACCAAUAAAUUCAGAAAGAGAUGUCUAAGGAGGAAAAAAGGAAUACACAAUACUGUCACAGAAAACCAACGUGGAAAUGUUGCAGAUGGAAUCAACCCUACAUGAGGACUUAACUGAGAACUUAACAGAGCAUCUCAUUUUAUCAGGAAUUGGAAUUUACACUAAGACACUAAUGCUGUAACUUUCUUGAUAAAAUAUCUUUAUUUUUCAGUAGUGGAAUGCUGCAACUUUUUUACACUUAACAAUCACUGUUAAUCACAGUAUUCAUUUUCAAAGUUGUAUUUAACUACAAAAUGUUUUGGGAAAUCUCUCAGCAGAAUCAUUUGAGGGGCAUCUUUCUCUGAGCAUGGGUUCACUGGGAGAAUUUAAUCAGAUUAUAUCUAAAUGUUUAUAUGUUGAAAGCUUUGUUGAUGUUAUAAGAACAAGUAUCAGGAUUAUAUAGUGUCUGUACAUGAAAGAACUUUAAACAGUGGCCUUACAGUAGCAAAUUUUAUACUGGCUUUUCUUUUUCUGAUGACAUUUUAGCUUCUAACUUGAAGUUUCUGAAGACCAGGGCCUAUGUAUGUCAUCAGUUUCAUAAUACAACAUAAGAAGCCUAGAGAAAAGGUGCAUCUCCUCCAUCAGGUCAUGGCGAGUGCACUGAAUCAUUAGUAAUGCCUAUCUUGGGUUUUCCCAUAACGAUUUGCUCUUUUCUAGUUUCAAAUGCUAUUGUGGAAAAUGCGUAAGGAUUUUGUAAUCUCUAUUCCAUCUUCUUUUCCCUCAGGGCAAGCUAGUGCAUAUUAUAUUUUUAAAGGCUGUUAAAAACCUGACAGACAAAAUUGCAUAUUUGACCAUUGUACUUUACUACUACAGUGUUACACAUUUUGCAGACACAACUUCCAGAAGGCGCAUCUUUGGUUCAGUUGACAGGGGUUGUUGCAUCCUUACUAUGUUUAAGGUAGGAUCCACGGGAUACUAUAUACAGUCUGGAGGUUCAGAAACUCACUUCUUCGUUUCCUUUCUUCUGGUUAAAAGUACAUAGACAUUCCCAGUCACGUUUUUGUGAAAUGUUUAUUUGUAAGAAAAUAAAAUAUUGUUGCUCUUUCUGCUUGAAGUUAUUACCUGGCGAUUGGUGAGAAUUGUAAUUUUUCAUGAGACUGACAACUCUGGGUGAUACCUGUUGGAUGUUGGGGAACAUGUAAUGUUAUAUAUUUUCCCUAUAUUUUUUUAAAUGUUUAGUUAAAAGAUUUUUUUCAUGCAAGGGCCACUCUUCCUUAAAUGGGUCAGUGAUGAAGGAAGUCAGUGCUAAUUGGAUGAUACAUAGACUGUGCGUACAGAUGACUUUGUAUUGUGUGCUACCUCUAAAGUUCAGGUUUUCCAACCUUACCAAGCAUGAGGCCUAGGGUAAGGGAGAAAUUUAUGUAUGCAGUAGUACAGCAAGUUUGUGUUAUCUGGGUACUUAAAAAAAAAAAAAAAGACUGUAAUUUUUUUGAGUUGGGGUCUCAUGUAGCCCAGGCUGAUACAAAACUCAUUAUAUGGCAAAGAAUGACCUUGAUGACCUCAAGAAUGUUGGGAUUACAGGCAUGUUGCCACCAUUCAUGGUUUUUACAAGAUGUUUCUUGCAUGGUAGGCAGAAACUCCCGCCUGUUGAACUACGUCUCCAGUCCACCUAGCUUAAUUUGAUUAUCUUAUGUGGAUAAGUGUUUUUGCCCACAUGUGCAUCACACGGUACCUACAGAGGCAGAAGAGGAUAUAGUCCCUGGCACUGGAGUUACAGAUGCUUGUGGGAUGCCACUGGAUGCGGGAAACUGAACUGACAUCCUCUGGUAGAACAGCUAGAGUCAGGCUGUUUACUGAGCUUCAUGAGACACAUGGUCUCAUCCUUUUACUUGUUCAUUGCUACAUGAAACACAGUCACAAAGAGCUGUCAAUCAAAUGUUUAACUGCUGUAGUUUCAUGACUGUCUACUAGAAUGUAAGAACAGACGAAAUCAGUUGUGUUAGAACUAGGGAAUGGACAUACGACUCAGCCUGCAAGCUUCCAGGGAAUUCUCCUGUCUCCACCUCCCGCCUUGCUGUAGGGAUGUUGGGAUUACAGGCUACUUUGUAUGGAUUUAUGUAGUUUCUUGGUAUCUGAACCGAGAUCUUCAUGCUUGUGUGGCAAAGGCUUUUAUUCACUGAGCCAUUGUCCCACCCCAGAAAAGUUUUGGCUGAGUCCUAAACCAUUGUCUCCUUCCAUUUCUUUCCAAGUGCUAGACUUAUCACUGGUAGUAGGGUGAUAAUUAAGAUCAUCCCUGCUCUGAAGUAUCUCAAGCCAGUACAGGGAAAGAUCCAUAAAUAUAAAAAGUUUCCCAAUACAGCACUAAAUACUGUAACAGACACAAAAGGUUGGAGUCGUUGGCAUUCUUGGUUGAACAGUUCCUUCAAAUUUCUUUCCUAUUGACUAGACAAACCUCCCACGUUUCUAUUGGUAAGCUUUCUGGUUUUAAAUUUUGAUGUUAGUUAAAAAUGAAUAAAAGGAACCAAUUUCCAUCUGUA